UAGCACCUUCUGCACCAAAACCCACAGGGGGGUUUCACAUACCCCCUCUGCUAUCACCGUGUAUCCUGUUUUUAUUUCAUGGCAUACAGCAAGUCCGCGCAUGCACGCCUGUCUCACCGAGACGCCGACAGGAGGAAGCGUGCAACGUGCGCGUCUGAAGGAAAGGGGGGUUGCGCGUAGGCCCCAGGCCGCUUUGAUGCCUUCUGGUGGAAGAUACUUCUGAAACAACAGUGUGCUACAGUUUGGGUUAAAAACAAACUCCUUCGGCGAGCAGAAAGCCACGCCUCCGUCCCACCCACCCACGCCCCCACAGGUUCGCGUGUAGCUCGGUCUGAUGCGGGGAGGAAGGCAGCCGACACAGGAUGAGACUCUGAGGACGACCGGCGCUCUCAUGACAAGAUGGAGAUGUGGCUCAAGAGUGCAAUUCUGGCCUUGAUCACAGUGGCCGGAGCAACCCUGGUGGCGCCAAGUGUGAUUGAGAUACUUCUGGAUACUACAGAGCAGAAUGGAAAAACAGUUUUGCCUGGUUCCUCUCUUAAUUUGCGCUGCUGUUUGAAAGUCAACACAUCUGAAAGAUGUCAUAUCACUUGGCACUUCAUAGCCUCUGGAAAAAAUAAAACAGAACUAAUUUGUAACCAGAGUGCAAACAAGUGCAAUUUAGACAGUGUAUGUGAGAGCUCUCCAUGCCCUUUAGAAAAUUUGAAUGAAACAAACAACGGAUUGUACUAUUGCAAUGUCACAACUGAGAUUCCUACCCUAAUUCACACUUGCAGCAACAAAACCCAAGUCAUAGUGGAGAACUUUAUGGAAAAUACAACGGUUCAGUCACAAACGGAGAAAACCCAAGUGGUCCCCACUGACGAUGUCCGUGAUAGUUGGUGGAUGUGGGCCCUGGUGGGGUCGUCGUGUCUUAUCCUGAUCAUCCUGCUGGUCAUCUUCGCAGUGCAGAAAAGGCCGUGCAACACAAGCCAAGGAGAGGAGCCCAUCUACAUGAACACUCGCAUGGGCAACCUGAUGCCUACGGACAACCUGAAGGCAGUCAGCUGCUCCAAAGACAUUCAGACCCCCAGUUCUGUCCGGAGGUACGAGGGCAGAAACCAGAGAUACAAAGACUGAAGAAUCCGCGGACCUCACAGACUCAAAUUACUCAGCUUUGUGCGAAAUCAUGAUUAAGUUUUGUUUCAGACUUUAAUCCUUCUGGCCUUUUUCGAUGGUCGGAGAAGUGGGCAUUUGUGACCACUAGAUGGCGCACUUUGACGCUUUUAAUAAGUUCCUAACAGUGUUUUUUUUUUCUUCUCAAUUUUCUAAAUAUCCCAGCAACUGUUUAUAUGAUUGAGCUGUAAAUAAGUUUUACG